AUGGAGGAAGCAGCUCGGAACGACGCCGGUGUAGACCGAAACCUCAGCAUGCAGAGUACUAUUGACCGUUUACUUCAUAUGAUAACUGAAGAAAGAGAUGAAAUGGUAUUGAAUUCAGUUGUUGCGUCUCUUCAAACCUUAUCAAAAUCUCACUCCACACAAAUCGUUCAAAAUAUGAUACAUUAUAAACUUCAAAAUUCAUUAAGUAUUGUUGAAUCUAAAAGCUUAUUAUCUGCUAUGAAACAACUUUGUGAAAACCACUAUGAUGAUUUUGAUGAAGAGCUUACAAAUAAUUUAGUUCAAUUUGCCACUAACGAAAUGUUUAAAUCUUCAGACUCUCAGUUUCCUGCAUCAGAUAUGUUGAUCAUUUUAGGCCGAGGAAGAUCUGAUCAGAUUAUACAAAACCUUAUGUCUCAUUUAAAAGAAGGCAUUCCUCCACAUCCUUCUAUUAUAUAUUCUUUGGGACAUCUUGCUUCAAAUCACCCUCUUAAAUUUAUUAACUUUGUUGAUCCAUUCUUAUCAGCAAUUUGCUCGAUUUUACUUCUAACCAAGUCAGAUGCUUUGCGUAAAAUUUAUGGCACAGCGAUUGGUCAAGUUUGUGCAUCUGUUAUUGAAUGUGAACCAUCAGAUAUAGAUGUAAUCAAACAAAAUUUAUCACCAAAAUUAGAAGAAAUAUACAAAAUUAUUAAUGAUGUUUGGUUAAUUUCCAAGGAUAUAAAGCUGAUUGAAAACAUUCUUGAAGCAUUAAGCUCAAUUGUUAUGCUAAUGAGCAUAGAAACGUUAAAUAGAGAUUGUAUAGUAAUUUUGACAAAUAUACUGAGUUUGUAUAAAAAAUGUCUAUCUAUCGGUAUGUCUCGAUAUUGGGUUUCACAGUACUUGGCAAGUUUUUUAUCUGUAGUAUCAGAAAUCAUGCUAGAACCAGUAAUAGAUAAUCUUUUUUCAAUAUUACAUGAAAUGGUUAUUGUAAUGCCAGAUUAUGAUUUUCCAAUGUCCAUUAAAAAUCAUUCCGAAGUUCUAAGAUGUUACACUUAUUUAGGUAAACAUUUUGGUGACAAAAUAUGUGAACUGAUAUUACGAGAUCUUAAAUCUAAUUCCGAACAAGGGAGAAUGGGUGCUUUAUUGAUUGCAUCACAUUUAUUAAAUGCCUCCAACCAGAGUAUUAAACUAAAAUCUUCAGAAAUUAUUCCAAUUUUGUAUGAUCUGCUAAAAAACAAUUGCUCAUUUCAGAUGAAGAACUUAUUAGUAAAAAUUUUUAUAUGUUUUGCAUAUCAAGGACAUUUAACUGAAAAGGAUGAUUAUUUUAUUGAGUUUUUGAUCAAAAAUAUUUGUUAUUAUGGUCCAUCAAACAAUAAAUAUUCUAGUGAUAAUGAUGGGAUUUUAAUAAAACAAACUUGUGAAGAUGCAAUUUAUAUUCUUUGUACAUCUAUAGAACCGGUACAAGUGUUAUGUUGGAAUAAGUUAUUAACAUUUUUACAAAGUAAUGAAUAUGAAAAUGCUGUACCGUCAAUUACACGGUCAUUGGCACACAUGGCUACCAAAUCACAUUUAAGAUCUAUAAGGUUUGAAAAAGAACACAAUUUUAUAGUUGUGAGAUGUCUUUUUUUGUUAUGUCAACCAUUCAAAGAUAACAGGGGCAGUUAUGUUGUACAUUUUCUAUUGAAUUAUGGUUCUCAUGACUUAUCAGACAAUGAAAAAGAGUUUUGGACAAAACAUGCUGAGAUCUUGACAAAUUUUUUGGAUUCUGCAAUUGAAAAAAGUGAAAAAGAAUGGGAAAUUGUUCUACUAAGUAGACUCAGCAUUAUAUUAGAUGAAUGUACACUUAAUAAACAUUGGUGUUUAGCAUUAAUUGGACAACUUUUUGAUGAACUAAUAAAAAUUACUGAAAAUACAAAAAUAUUCUCUUCAGAUAUGUUUUUAAUGGUCAAAAUAAUAUCAUACAUAGCUGCUUACUUUGAUUCUGAAGAAUUAUUACUCACAAAAAAACUAUUAUAUUUCAUUUUUCAAACUCUCUUAAAAAUGUCAUUUGAAAAUAGUCACGAAUUUUCUAGAGCUAUUGGUGUUUUAAGCCAAGCUCACACUGGAAUAGUGCUGAACAAAUUAUUAGAAUUUACCAAAUCCGAAUUAACCAAACAGCCAAAUAAAUUUUUAGUCCUUAUUAGGGACAAAGGUAAUGAAGUGAACAGAGAUAAAAUUCGAUCUGCAAUUUCCAUUAUAAUACCUGAUGUAGUGAAGAGUGGAAAGCUUCAAAGUGUUAUUUACAGCAUGUAUGAUAUUGUAAUAUUGAUUACUCAUCAAAUUACUUUAACAAAGAAUUUGGAAACUAAAAAAUCAUUAGUUCAGUGUCUCCAAGCCUUAGCAGAUGUUAUGAGUAAUGUUGAAAUCAGUGACACUAUUCCAAAUUUAGCAAUUAUUCGUGAUACAGUCAUUAAAAACUUAGUACAUCAAAUUUUAAACUCAAAUUUACUAUCAGAUUAUAUAUAUUAUCAAGUUUUGGCAUCUUACAUUAAACCAGUCCCACACAUUGAACCUAUAGAUUUAAGUACAAGAUCAUACAUUAUAACAAAUUGCGUUGAAAAAAUUUUUCUUCUAUCAUCAUCGGAGAUUGUAGAUACUGAUAGUCCACAAACAACAUUAACAUUGGGACAUCUAUGUAAAAUUCUUGAUCAAUUGCUUGUAAUCAGAAGUGGAUCCUUUGAAGUAGUCGAUGAAAUUAUUUUAAUAUUAGACCCGUACAUAGUAUCACAAAAGAAACAUCAAAGAUUUAUUGCAGUUUAUUUACUCCAAAGUGUUUUGAAUUGCUAUUAUAGCCAUAGUAAUUCUCAAUUAACAAAACUUCCAAUUUGUUUGAAUUCUCCUGCGCCUUUAUUUGCUAAAAUGUGUGUGCGUAUUGCUGAGCCUGAUCUAAAAAUAAGACUUAAUGUUUUUAAAUGUUUGGAUGUUUUACUUAAAAUAACUGCUGUAUACAAAGGAACUUUUACUGAAAGUUAUAUAAAUGAAUCUGAAUUCAUGGAUAAAAUAUUAUAUAGCAAUAAACCCGAAUCGUGUAGUAAACUUUUGGAGGCUAUACACAAAAUAUUAAAACCAUCAGAUUUACCUGUGUUUUGUAAGUUAUUAAUUGAUGGUUUAAAUGACCAUGAAGAAAAAUGCCAAUUCAAAACUAGUGAAAUAUUAAAUAUAUUAUUCCCAAUCGUUGCUCAACAACUUAAUCAGAAGGCCUGCAAUGAAAUUUUAAAUUACUUAGUUAAAGAACUUGAAAACUCAAAUGAUAUCAUUAAGGCAAAUAAUAUAAAAGCAUUGAUUACUUUUGGAAAGUUUAUUCAAUCUGAUUUUAUUGAAUUACUUAUUAAUCAAAGCCUGCCAUUUAAUACGACUGUUUGUGCUAUUUGGCAAUCUUUAGGGAAAGAUCAAAUGUGUUCUCAGAUUAUAGAUACACUUAUAGAAUUUAUUACAUUAACACCAUUGUAUGAUACAAGUACUAAACAGUUCCUAAACAAACCAAUUGCUUCACUAAUUCCUAUUUCAGCACUUAGUGGUUUAAAUGAAAUUUUAAAACAAAUUUCUUACGAUUCAGUGAUAAAUUUAUUUCCAAAACUUUUUAAUGUUGUAUUUUUGACUUUUUCUGCGUUGAUUGAUGUUGGCUCACCUAUAAGAGGAACUAAUAAGAAUUUAUUUGUGUCUUUUAAAGAAGCAUAUGAUAUUAAUCCUGCCAAAGUUGCUCAUAAAACAUUAUAUCAUUUAUUUAAGUCUAUUAAAUUAGAAGAAUGUUCCAAUCAUAUAAUGCAAUCAGGAAAUUGCUUGGAUGCAACAGUUGAUAUUAUAAUGCAUAAAUUAGGACCAUGCAUAAUUAAAGGUUUAGUUGAAACUCAUUCAGAAUUGAUCUCAAAAAUAAUAAAUAAUUUUGACCAAAAUGUAAACAACACGCUAGAAUGCCAAAGAAUUGGAAUUGUUAUCUUAUGUUUAUGUUGUACAGAAACCAUAACAUCGGAUGUCAAAUAUACUACAAAUUUAAUAAACAUCUUCUUAAAGUGUUUAAAUGAUACUUCAUAUGAUAUAAAAAAGUAUUGUUUAAAAGGUCUUACAGUAAUUUGUCAACACCAGCAAAUUUUGAACGAAAAUCAGUCACAAUAUAUACUUGAUGCUUUAAUGGAAAGUCUUGAAGAAUAUCAAACACUACAAAGUGAUGUUACAUUAGAAGCAUUACGAGGUCUUAUAUCAUUAGUUCCUCAUUUAUCAUUAGAUAAAUUUGAAAAGCAUUAUACAACAUUAACAUUUCGUAUAAAACAAUUUUUUGAGAAUGAAAAUAAUGAGAUGCGUUACACGUCUAUUAGGCUUUAUGGUGAAUUGUGUUCAAAAAUUAAAGAAUUUAACAUUCAAGUGGAUAUGUCAUUACAUCAUAGCAGUAUGGUUACUUUUCUAUUGCACUUGUGUGAGAAUGAUACAAAUAUUGUCAAGGCCUGUAAAUUUUCAUUGAAAAAUAUAAGCAUCUUAUUACAUUCUGAAAAAAUGAUAACUAUGACCCACAAUCAUUUGAUUGAAGAAGGAAGAUUAAAGUAUACAGAAUUUAUCACUCAAAUGUGUAGAAUUAUGACUGAUGAAUUUUUAUCUUAUGUUAACAUUUAUACUAUGGUUGGAGUAUCUUAUUCAAAAAGUAUUUUUCCUGACGUAAGGGCUAAUGCAGCAUUAUUUGUUGGUUCGUUGUACAAAGCAAAUCCAAAUAAAUCUUCUUUUGAAUUGAUAUCGAGUAAAAUGUUAAGUCUUACAGUUGAUCCAAAUCCUAAAGUCCGUACUAGUGCUGUUGCUUGCCUUGGAAAACUUUACGAGUAAAUAAUAUUAACAUAAUAAAUGUCAAAUGUUUUUCUUGAUUGUCUAUUUAAAUUAAAUAAUCUUUUUUAA